AUGCUGGCCGAAGCCGUCGCUAUAGAAAGCGUUUCUGGAGAUCCAAGUAAACGUUCUCAAACUAUCGAGAUGGUGCACUGGAUCAAGGAACGUCUAGAGGAACUUGGAGCGCGAUGCACUUUGGAGCAUUUGGGAAAUCAGACCACUGACGGAAAACAGAUAGCGCUGCCACCUGCACUCUUAGGCCAACUUGGCGACGACAAGAAGAAGAAGACGGUUUUGGUAUAUGGUCACUUGGAUGUGCAACCAGCAGCGAAGGAGGACGGGUGGAAUACGGAACCAUUUGUAUUAACAGAAAUUGAUAACAAAUUGUUCGGGCGUGGUGCGUCCGAUGACAAGGGACCAGUCCUGUGCUGGAUCCACGCAGUUGAGAUGCUCCAUAAACACAAAGUAGAAAUUCCUAUCAACAUCAAGUUCUGCUUUGAAGCGAUGGAAGAAAGUGGAUCAGUUGGUUUAGAAGAAAUGCUAGAAAAAAAUAAGAAUAAAUUCCUCUCUGACGUGGACUUUACGUGCAUCUCGGACAGUUAUUGGUUGGGAAAGACAAAACCCUGCCUCACACAUGGCCUAAGAGGCAUUUGUUCGUUCAAAGUGGAAGUAACAGGAAUUCAACAAGAUCUGCAUUCUGGUGUUUACGGAGGCAUUAUACAUGAACCGCUUGCCGACCUCUUGUGGGUGAUGUCCCAGUUAACCUCGGUGGAUAACAGGAUUCUAAUUCCUGGAAUCUAUGACGAUCUUGCUCCAAUGACGAACGAAGAGAGCGCUCUUUACGACAAAAUCGACUUCAAUGUUCAGGAGUUCUGUGAGAGUAUUGGGGCGAAAAAAUUGCCUACAGAAGACAAGAAAACGUUGCUUGUUAGACGCUGGCGAGAACCCUGUCUGUCGAUUCACGGAAUUGAGGGGGCGUUCUCAGGAGCUGGCGAAAAGACCGUUAUUCCGUCUAGGGUCGUCGGGAAAUUCUCUAUCAGGAUUGUGCCUAAUAUGGAACCUGGAAAAGUCAACGAGAUGGUUCUCGAUUUUCUAAACGAAGUCUGGAAAACUAGAGGAUCUCCAAACACAUUUAGACCUCAAGUGGGUCACCAUGCGCUACCAUGGGUGGCGGACACAAGUAAUGAGAAUUUUAAUGCCGGUGCACGAGCGAUGAAACUUGUGCACGGUGUGGAUCCCGACUAUAUCCGUGAAGGCUGCAGCAUUCCAAUUACUUUGACGUUCCAAGAGUUGACUGGCAGGAGUGUUCUGCUACUUCCACUUGGCGCCGCUGACGAUAUGGCGCAUUCUCAAAAUGAGAAGAUUAACAAAGUGAACUACCUGAAUGGUGUGAAAACACUCCUUUCAUAUCUUCUUGAACUAAGAAAGGUUUAG